CAGACAGCAGCCCCCAGAAUGUCCGAUUACACCCCACUUCCGCUCCCACCCCUAGGGAUUGAUCAGCCUUUCAGCCUGCUCGCUACGGUGCAGCCUGUGCCUUUUUUCUUUACGACAGACCAUAGUAACCAUGCAAAGGCCUGUCCCAUUCGUCUUCACUCUCUAUUUUUGCAGCCUUGUCGCCGCGCAAGACGUUCCUCGCUGCUACUAUCCCAACGGGAAGAUUGCGACAAAUGACUACGCCUGUUACCUCAACUCGAGCCAAAGCUUUUGCUGCACCCAAGGUGUCAAAUGCUUGGAUAACAAGAUUUGCGAAAGUGUCAAUGUGACAAAGUACAAAUACAACCGAGGAACUUGUACGGACAAGACGUGGCAGUCGGACGAGUGUCCUAAAUUUUGUCAAGCCCAGUCGCCCAAUUAUGGAUCGGGUAUCGUACAAUGCGACAGCAACUCCAAUGUUUGCUGCGACAAUGGCAAAGAUGAUGACAGCGCCACCUGCUGUCAAGAUGAUUCGGGCAUCUUUGCCAUAAGCAGAGACUGGAAUGCGUUUAAAACAAUCGACAGCGUGGCAAGCACCGCCACAAGGAAUACUGCUAUACCUUCAGCAGCCACCGCAACAACUUCAGCGACGAAUACAAAUGCAUCAAACUCGGGCAAGAGCACUGAAGGCUCAGGGUUAUCAAGCGGCAGCAUAGCUGGGAUAGCGGUAGGGGUUGCAGCUGGUGUUGUGCUCGCCGCAAUAUUAUUGUUCUGGCUGUUACGCAGGAGGAACGCGAAGUCGCGGACAGAAGAAAUCAUGGAGCUUGACUCUGGCCGGAACGCGCAGGAAUUACAAGGUCAAGAAUUGACGCCCGAAUUGAUGUCAAAGCCAAUUAAGCCGCCAGUGGAGAUGAGUUCCGGGCAAGAGCUCUUCGAGAUGGAAGGAUCGCCAACGUCCACGGUUCAUGCCACCGUACCUGACAACGUCGAUGCCGCUAUAUCAGCAGAGAAGGAUAAAAUUGGAAGGUAAUAAAGACAACCAUGUUCUGCCUGCAUUGGCUCAUGUCUUCAGAGUAGUUGUAAAUUAGAAAAGAUAGAAAGCGGUAAUUAGUCUUGAAAGAAACCCUGAGUAAAAACCCUCUUACAAUGUUACAGAUUAGAGGCCAAUUAUAACCCCAACGACCCCGAGAGCCAAGGCAAAGACCCCUUCUGGAGCUUUAUAUACCAACUGAGAUGCUAAGCCAAUCGAAGUCACAGUGCUGUUUGCAGCCGCGGAGGAGUCUGUGGUAGGAGUAGCGCUUGAGGAUGGUGUCGGGUCUCCGCCUUUGCAUCCAUUUUGGCAACCUUUCGAAACCUCGCAGUGGUCAUCUGUACUACCGCAAAAUCUGGAGCAAGUAAUGAGUAUCGAAUGCCUGAAAGCCACCACACAUCCACUGAUAACUUACCCGGAGCUGCUACAACACUUGCCAUAGUUGAGGACACCAAAUACCCUAAACUCGUUUGGACUGGCGGCACUGUUGCAUCUUGCU